GACAAUUACUAGCAAGUCUCAGAAGUCAUGGGAAGUUGCAUUUUGAAAUUCUCUCUGUCUUCAACUUUCAAACUCUUCCUCCUCUGCUUCUGCUGCAUUAACAUUAUCACUACUACUUCUCAAAAUUUGCUAGCACCUCUCCAAGGUCUAGCAUGCGCGAUAGUGAACUGCGGAGAGGGAACAUGCAGAGGUUCGAAUGAGACGCUGCUCGGGAUCGAAUGUGAUUGUAAUCCUGGUUGGAAGCAGAUUCCUGCUGUUUCUUUUGCGUUCCCUUCUUGUGCUCUUCCGAAUUGCACAGUGGACUUUCAAUGUGGAAACGGAGCGCCACUACCGCCAUCCCCUCCACUCCCACCCUUCAACGCUUCAAACCCUUGUAAUCUUGUGUGGUGUGGCACUGGAUCCUGCGUGGCUAACGAAACUAGCAACAGUCACUCCUGCCAAUGCAACGAAGGGUUUGCCAAUUUGUUUAAUAACCCUUCCUUUGCUUGUUUUGAGCAAUGCUACUUGGGUGCAGAUUGUAAGAACCUGGGAUUAGGCCCGCCUCCACCGCCACCCAGUACUAGUUCCGGCUCGCCAAUAAACGGUUCUAAUGGAGCAUCCAACAACAUGAAGAAUUUUCUAGCACUGGUUCUGGCAUUAGUUUUUUUACAUAAUUUUAGCAAGUAGAUAAAUUCUAGGGAGGUGAAAAUAGGCGGCACACAUUUUAUGCCUCGCUAACUUGUAUACAUUUAUUUUUCAGUUAUUUUGAAAUAUAGGUCGUU